AUGAAAAGACAUUCAAUCGUUUCCUCAGAGGAAAAAAUUUCAGAUGUUAUAGUUUCAGAAUCAACUACUACCACAGGGUCCAACUUCCCUUCAAACCAAAGGAAUGACAGCGGCUUUAAAUCUUUCAAUGAUAUAGAUACUUCUGAGCGUACCUCAGUGGAGUCUUCUGAAGUCUACAGAUCUGGUAGAAUAAGGAGAUGGAUAGAUUCGUAUAAGCGAGCUGAACAUCCAAGAGAACAUAUCGAUGGUUUCGAAGAUGGUGAAUCAAAAGAUGGUAUCCAUUUGAAGAAACAGAUGAAAACUCGUCAUGUCGUCAUGAUGUCUCUAGGUACUGGUAUUGGUACUGGUCUUUUGAUCGCUAAUGCCAAGGGUUUACAUUUUGCAGGUCCUGCUCCUUUAGUUAUUGGUUAUGGUAUGGUUUCUUUUGUCACUUAUUUCAUGAUUCAAGCAGCUGGUGAAUUAGCUGUCGCUUAUCCAACUUUACCAGGUAAUUUCAAUUCUUAUUUCGGUAUUUUAAUUUCCAAACCUUUCGGUUUCGCUACUGUUUGGUUGGCUGCCGUUCAAUGGUUAACCGUUCUACCUUUAGAAUUUAUUGCCGCAUCAUUAACGAUCAAGUACUGGAAUGAUAGAAUCAGUGGUGACGUUUUUGUCGUUAUCUUUUACGUUUUCUUAUUAUUUAUUCAUUUUGUUGGUGUCCGUGCCUACGGUGAAACUGAAUUUAUCUUUAACUUGUGUAAAGUGUUAAUGAUUAUUGGUUUCAUUAUUUUGUCUAUUGUCAUUAAUGCUGGUGGUGCCGGUAAUGAUGGUUAUAUUGGUGGCAAAUACUGGAAUGAUCCUGGUGCUUUUGCUGGUGAAACUGCUGGUUCCAGAUUUAAAGGUGUAUGCUAUAUUUUGGUUACAGGUUAUUUCUCUUACGGUGGUACCGAAUUAUUCGUGUUAUCUGUCAAUGAACAGGAAAACCCAAGAAAGUCUACUCCUCAAGCUGCUAAACACAGUAUUUACCGUAUUGUAAUCAUUUACUUAUUGACAAUGAUCUUAAUUGGUUUCAAUGUUCCUUACAAUGACCCAAGAUUGAUGGGUGCUGAUGAUGCUUCUGGUAGUCAUGCUUCUCCAUAUGUCUUAGCAGCUUCUAUUCAUGGUGUCAAAAUUGUUCCUCACUUUAUUAAUGCAGUUGUUUUAAUCGCUUUGAUUUCAGUUGGUAAUUCUGCAUUAUAUGCAGCUCCAAGAAUGAUGGUUUCCUUAGCUGAACAGGGAUUUGCUCCAAAAAUUAUGGCAUAUGUUGACAGAGAGGGUAGACCUUUGGUAUCCUUAGGUAUCUGUGCUCUGUUUGGUUUAAUCGGUUUUGCCGCUUCUUCAUCUAAGGAAGAACAAGUUUUCACUUGGUUAGCAGCUAUUGCUGGUUUAAGUGAAUUGUUCACCUGGUCUGCUUUUUUCAUUUCUCAUAUACGUUUUAGAUGGGCCAUGAAACUACAAGGUAAAGACAUAAAAGAAGUUGGUUUCUUGGCAUCAACAGGUUUAUAUGGUUCAUUUUACGGUCUAUUUUUCAACAUUCUUGUCUUUGCUGCCCAAUUUUGGGUUGCCCUUUCUCCAAUCGGUAGUAAGAAAGUUGGUGCUGAAUCUUUCUUUGAAAGUUAUUUGGCUUUCCCAAUUUGGUUAUUCUUCUAUUUUGGAUACAUGGUAUGGGCAAAGGAUUUCACUUUCUUAAAUCCUUUGGAAUCAAUUGAUUUAGAUUUCCAUAGACGUAUUUACGAUCCUGAAGAAAUGGCUGAAAUAAACAGGCAAGAAAAAGAAGAAUAUAAAAAUUCUAGUAUAGUAGGAAAGAUAAUAUACUGGUUAUGUUAA